AUGGCUUCGGAGCAGGGAGGAUUGUCUACCGCAGUCCCCGCCCUCAGUGCGACUCGACCAGAAUCCGCCACCAUCGCGGCGGUUUCCUCAACCAUCACCCCGCCAGAUCACGAUUUGACGCGGUCAAAGUCUCUAAAACGAAAUCGUCCUGAUCAAUCGCAGAAUCCCACGGCUUUGUCCUCGAUUACGAACAUUGGACUAAGCACUUCCCCGUCACCGAAGUCGCCACGGUACAAGGGCGCGUUCUCCCCAAUGCAGCUCACUGGGGCCGCGGCAUUAGAAGACCAGCGACGACAGCAAGAGAAUCAAAAGAAUCAACAGCCUGAGAUGAGCGUGAACCCCGGACACAAGGCUUUAUCUUCGCUCAUGGCAGGAGGUGGGGCCGAGAUGAGCAAACCGCAAGAAGUUCCAGCUGCCAUAAACAGCAUGAGCGAGGGAAUGUCGGCAGCUGCGAAUGCAGUGCUUAUACCCAGUCCGAUGCAGUUUGAUGAAAAGUCAGAAAUAAGCCCAGCUAGUAUUACAAGCCUUGCGAGUUUGGGCACCACGGCGCCAACCGCGACAGCAGGCUCAACGGUCGUUGCAAGCCCAGCUUCGCUGACAAGUGCCAUUGAGGCAGAGAACCGGGACAUCAGAGUUAGUAAUAGCAACCAUCUGCAAGCUCCGCCAGAUGAGCAAUCUUCGAACAAAGCGAUGUCCUAUCCUGUCCUUGGUCAACAAACCCUUUCUCGGGCUCCUCCACGUGGAAUGAGUCUCCCAAUGCCCGGUCAAACUCAACAAUUAGCGCCAAGAUCACCCUCACAGAAGAAACAUAAAUGUCCUUACUGCGAGACCGAAUUCACGCGUCAUCACAAUCUAAAGAGCCAUCUUUUGACGCAUAGCCAAGAGAAACCGUAUGUCUGCCAGACGUGUAGUAUGAGAUUCCGAAGAUUGCACGAUCUGAAACGUCACAUGAAAUUACAUACUGGCGAGCGUCCUCAUAUUUGUCCAAAGUGUGACCGUAAAUUCGCUAGAGGUGAUGCUUUAGCGCGUCACAGUAAAGGACAAGGCGGUUGUGCUGGCAGAAGAGCUAGUAUGGGAAGCUUUGGUGGAGAUGACGACUAUGAAGGCUCCAAUGGAGACGGGGACGAAAGUGCUAUGGAUGGAGUGAUGUAUACGAAUGGAACUACACAGCCGAAUGAGUCUGAAAUGACUGAAGAGGAACGCCGAACAUUCAGCCUCCCUAGCAUUAAAGCACAGCAUGUUCGGUCAAAUCAGGGUAGUGGUGACAAUUACCCUGCACACCCACGAACACCAAGCACGUAUCCUCCAGGUCCCAGGCAAGGUCAGUCUACAGGAGGCUUAUAUCCACCAAAUGCAGAUAGAGGAGGACCUUCUAGCUCCGGCACUUCCCCUCGAAUGCAAAACAGCGGUCAUGACAACCAUGCUCCAAGUGGGAGUCUUUCUUCGCUGCCUCUGAACACAACAGGAAGCUCGAUAUUUUCACCAAGUAGCAUUACUGAAAGCCCCAAGCCUCUAAGCCCAUCUGGCAUGCAUUCGCAUCAGCUUGGCCACGAUCCAUCGAUCGGCAGGCAAAGGUCACCGAGUCUGACUACACAAUUUCAACAGCAACAUUUCGGGCGUCGACCGUCGGGUAGGGGAUCUCCUCCAGGCGUAUCACUUCCAUCUCCACAUACCUCGCAUGUUCCGAAACUACCUGCACUUGCGAGUUUGGCACCUCCGGACCAGAGAUAUACGCUGUCAAGUCAGACGCCAAAUCAGCAGACUUCUCCUAACGGAACCCACGGUGCUUCACAAGGCUACGUCCGAGGGGCUCCUGGCGGACCUCCUAGUGUUCAAGGGAGCGGAAGUGGCGAUAGCAGUGCCAACCUCUUUGCCGCAGGUGAUACACGAUUAUUAGCCUACGUCCAGUCACUGGAAGACAGGGUCAAACAAUUGUCGGAAAAAAUCCAGGUCAUGGAGAGCAAAGACAGGAGUCAGGAAGAUAAGAUCAACCGGCUUUCCGAAGAGCUCUUCUCCCUUAGGAACCAAUUCACCAGUCCCCCGCACCAACCACCCGCGGGGCAGGUUCCUCAUAACAUUAAUAUUUCAUAG